CGAAGCCCUUCUUUCUUUCUUUCUUUUCUUUCUCCUUCCUCUUACCAUUUUCGUACUUUCUCAAUAGCGGCCAUAACCCUCUUGAUGUCAUCUUUCGCCCUGCUCCGGGUCUCAGCUCGGACCGACCUGCCCGACAUUGCCGCGCGCAAACUCGGCGAAGUAGUGAACAACAAAACCUUCCGGACGGACUACAAAACGUGUUUCUGUGGCGGCGCUGAGCGACGUGUGACUGACGGGGUUCGGUUAGAAGCGGUGCCUGAAGUAUCUGACUGUGUGUGUGUGUGUGUGUGUGUGAGAGAGAUCUGAGGAGGAGGCUGUCUCACUCACUGAACCCCGUUCACAUACACACUGAUUCACAGACUGCAGCCUGCAGGUGUCCGUUCAGUGCUUCAGGAUGAAUGAAGGAGAGCUGGUGGAGUACUUCAGGGCUCAGAUGAUGAAGGAUCCGGACAUGGCCUCUGCUGUGGCCGCUAUCCGCACCCUGCUUGAAUUCCUAAAGAGAGACAAAGGAGAAACUAUCCUGGGCCUGAGGGAGAGCCUGACGUGGGCCACAGACUGCCUGACGGGAGUGGACUCCUCUGUGGCCGUGUCCUCGGGGGGAGAGCUCUUCCUGCGCUUCAUCAGUCUCACAUCGCUGGAGCAUCAGGAUCUGUCUCGCUGUAAGAAGGUGAUGGAGGAGAGAGGAGAACUCUUUCUAGAGAAGAUCUCAAUGUCCAGGACCAAGGUUGCUAAGCUCUGUCACACCUUCAUCAAAGAUGGCGCUAAAAUCCUGACUCACUCGUACUCCAGAGUCGUCCUCAGGGUGAUGGAAAAAGCUGCAGCGGAGAAGAAACGCUUCUCUGUCUAUGUGACUGAAUCGCAGCCUGACUCAGCUGGGCGACAGAUGGCCGAAGCCCUGAGAAAACUCAAUGUUCCAGUAACAGUAGUCCUGGAUGCAGCUGUGGGGUAUGUUUUGGAGAAAGUCGACCUAGUUAUUGUCGGUGCAGAGGGAGUCGUUGAGAGCGGAGGGAUCAUCAACAAGAUCGGCACUUAUCAGAUGGCCUUGUGCUCUAAAGCCCACAACAAGCCCUUCUACGUCGUGGCAGAGAGUUUUAAAUUCGUCCGCCUGUACCCGCUCAACCAACAGGACGUGCCCGAUAAAUUUAAGUACAAAGCAGACACCCUGAAGACUGUACAGAACCUGUCAGAAGAGCAUCCGAUGAUUGACUACACGCCUCCCUCGCUCAUCACCCUCCUCUUCACUGACCUGGGAGUCCUCACCCCGUCUGCUGUCAGCGAUGAACUCAUCAAGCUUUAUUUAUAACUGUGCCUUUCAGUUCUCAAUAAAAACCCAUUAUCGAAAGGGAAACAAA